GAGAGAGAGAGAGAGAGAGAGAGAAAGAGGGGAGAGAGACAACGAUGCCGGCGUCAGCGACAAUGAUCGGAGCUUUACUGGGUUUGGGCACCCAGAUGUAUUCCAAUGCCCUCCGGAAACUCCCUUAUAUGCGCCAUCCGUGGGAGCAUGUUUUGGGGAUGGGGUUAGGAGUGGUGUUCGCUAACCAGCUAGUGAAAUGGGACGCCAAGCUUCAAGAAGACCUCGAUAAAAUGCUCGACAAAGCCAAAGCCGCUAAUGAGCGCCGCUAUUUCGAUGAAGAUGAUGAAUAGUAGCACGAUAGCGAAUACUUGAGAGAAUGCAGUUUCCAUGCAAAUUUUUGUGGUUCAUGACAUUCUUCUUUUCAACCGAAUUGCGUGCUUUUGUGUUUGUAAGGCUCUUCGAGGCCUUGUGACUUGCUGCUUAUUAUGUGAUUGAAUGUUGCAGUUUAGUACAUGCAAUCCCAUGUUGAAUAAGAAUAAAUCUUUGUACCUUUACACACACUUUGGUAUGGCCUCUACAAGUUGUCAUCCAACUUUUAAUGUGAUACAAGUUUAAUUCAUGUCAUGGUUACUGAA